GUAGUCCAUUGAGGCCUGAGAGCUCCUUGGCUGCGGAUUCUAAAUGCCCCCUCCUUAAACUGCAAAUCCCAGAAUGCAACAGUAGGAGGCAGCCGGAGCAGCUAAAGUGAGAUUGCCAAUGAUAUGCACAGUUGAAAUAAAGCAAUUUCUGCAUUGCUCCAAGUUUUAAAAUCCCAUUAUCUUCUCAUCAGGAAAAAGGCGCAUCAUUCAGAAUCAUUCAGUUAGGAGAACUGUCUUCUGUGCUUUUGAAAAGAACAACACUGGAACAAAUGUUUGAAAAAGUACAUUGGUACCAAAGGAGUAGACUAUGCAAAAGUGCCAACUUUUGACAUUUGAUCAUUGGAUUUCCUGAAAACAUGAUCAUUCAGUCUUCUCUGAAGAAAUGUUUCCCGCUGUACUAUGUUCUCAAAGUCCCACAUGCUGGUUUCAAGCAUGCAUCAAGGGGAGGGCUGAUCAUACAGUCUGCUUCCCAGGACAUUUAUGAGAAUUUGGCGUUGGAAGAUUGGAUCCAUGAUAAUAUGGAUUUAGAGAAGAGACAAGUUCUUUUCCUGUGGAGAAAUUCGUCUGCCGUGGUGAUUGGCAGACAUCAGAAUCCCUGGCAGGAAUGCAAUCUCAAAUUCAUGAGACAGAAAGGCAUAAAACUAGCUCGAAGAAGAAGCGGGGGAGGCACAGUUUACCACGAUCCUGGCAAUAUCAAUCUUACUUUCUUUACCAACAGGAAGAAAUAUGAAAGAAUGGACAAUUUAAAAUUGGUCGUUAAAGCUUUAAAAGCCCUGCGGCCCCAAUUAGACGUACAAGCAACUGAAAGGUAUGAUCUCUUGUUAAAUGGGAUUUUUAAAAUUUCAGGAACGGCUGCAAAACUAGGGAGGGCUGCAGCUUACCAUCACUGCACCUUGCUAUGCAGCGCUGAUAAAUUUGUUUUAUCAACUGUGCUAAAGAGUCCUUAUAAUGGAAUCAAAAGCAAUGCAACUCCAAGCGUACCUGCCUUGGUGAAAAACCUCUUUGAGGAAGAUUCAACAUUAAACUGUGAAAUGCUCAUGGAUGCCAUUGCUGCAGAAUAUGCUUCACACCAUCAAAUUAAAAACCAUAUCAUCCUAAUAAACCCAGCUGAUGAAACAGAAUUCCCUGGAAUUAAUAAUAAAGCCAGAGACCUGCAAGCCUGGGAUUGGUUGUAUGGCAAAACACCAAAGUUCAGCAUUAGCAGAUCUCUUAACAUAGCACAUGAAGAAUGUCAUGUUGAAAUUAAGAUAAAUAUGGAGGUAAAAAAUGGCAAAAUUGAAACUUGCAGUAUUGAUGUGCCUCACUUUUGGUUGCCACCAACCAUGUGUGAUGAACUAAACAAUUAUCUUAUUGGCAGCAAAUUCUGUCCCAGUGAAACCUCUGCAGUGGCAACUGCUUUGCUGAGAACAUGUACAGAUUACAAGUUACACAGCAAGUGGAAUAUUUUAUGUGAGAAAUUAGUUGCCUUAAUGUAACAUAUGUGACAGUUUCAUUCUUGAUCAUCUCUACUGUCCAGCAGAAGGUUGUUCUGGCACAAGAUUUUUUAUGAUCUAUUUGAUUUCAAUUUAUGAUUAUGAUCUAAUAAAUUAUAGUGAAGUAAUAAAUUGUUUAACAAAAGAAAAAUCUGAUCACGAAUAAACCUCUUGUUAAGACUAGCCAAACAAAAAGAAGGGCUGAAAUGUCU